UUUUAUGAGCAUUCAAGUGAUAAUUUUGUUUCAAAAAAUCUGAUAAUGUUUCGAAAAUUGUGUAUAAAUUCGUUGGUUCUACGAAAAAAAAUGGUUUUUCAACCAUUAACGUAUCGAUUGCCAUCCCAAACAACGGGCUCUAUUUAUAAUUUUGCAAUGAACAUUGUAACUCCCUUUCGACUAACACAAUAUACGUAUUUCUCAAAUGAGCCAACCACAGUUAAGAAAUUGAAUAAAGAAAUUGAUUACGAACGGAAACAAAAAGCCGAGUCCCAAUGUCAAAAGAUAUUUCAGUGUACGGUCUCCGAGGCUGAUGAAGUGGCUACAUGUUUAUUGAAAGAAAAUGAAAAUGUUGAUUUAAAAACCAUACACAAGACGGUGAAUUGGUUACAUCGUCAAGGUGCUACACAUUCGACUCUAUUGAAAAAUUAUCACAUUUUACUGAUUCCCAAAGAACAACUCAAACAGCGAAUGGAAAGGCUCACGUUGAGCUCUUGGAAGCAAAUCGAUGACUUUGUCCCAUUUCUAGCUUUGGAUGUGGAAACAAUCAAAAAUCUUCGAUUGCGCCAAGCGAGAAAAAAUGUCAAAAUUUCAAACCGAAUCUAUCUUUUGAGCGAAUAUUUUUCGAUUGAACCACCAAUCGUAAGUCAUUUUUGUGCAACAAAGUUGGUUAUCAUUGAUAUGGAAGAGGAGUUGCUGAAGAGAAAAGUUAAACUGCUGCUAAGUAAUGGGUUGUGCCCAUUAAAAAUAUUAAAGGAUUUACUAGUAUUGGAGCGAAGUGAAGAGAUAUUGAAAGAAAGAAUUGAUUUGCUGAAAAAGUUUAACAUUGAGCCUAAUUCUUGGAUGCCCUGGAUGUUCAAAUGUCCGAAGCCAGCUUUCAAUUGGACAGUGAACGAACGAUUUAUACGAAGACGGAACGUGGAUAUUAUGGUGGAGGUGAUUACAAAGAAACUUGAUUGCUACCGCACAACUGCCCAUGCAAUAAUUAGAAGGGAAAAAAAAUUGCAAACAAUUGAUCCCGAAACGUUGGCGCCUGUAAUUGAUGAACUACUGAAAUAUUUUCGACCAAAGAUAAUUUUGGACAACUACAGUCUCUUAAACUAUUCUGUUGAGCAUAUAAAAAUACGCGUGGCUGAAAUAUUGGACUUACAGGAUACAUCCCUGUCGCCAGAACAAUUGACCAUUGAUCCAAAAGUAAUUCUUUUGAAUAAAAAGGAAUUUAAACAAUUUGUAAAAAAAAAUAAAAAAUUAAAAUAAAUGAAAACCGCCUAGCAUGA